UUACGGCAGGCAGAGGGAAUUGAAUCUUGGGAGAGCCGGAAGAGCGGCGCUGGAAGCUCCCAGUGAUAAAAGUGCUCCCUCAUCAAAGCCUGUCUCUCAGAGUGCUUUUAUAAAAUCCACGUGGUGUCUGCUGGCAGCUCUUCUUUGUGUCAGACGAUGUGGAAGGCAGCAGCGGGUCAGUCAGUCAGUGUGUCUGUGGAUGAUGACGGGGAUGACUGGGAGACUGACCCUGACUUUGUGAAUGAUGUGUCAGAAAAGGAGCAGCGCUGGGGUGCCAAGACGGUGGCUGGUUCUGGACAUCAAGAGCACAUAAAUAUCCACCAACUGCGUGAGACUGUGUCCACUGAGCACACAGCCCUGAAGCAGAAGGAGCUGGAGACUAUGCCCAAGGCCUCACAUGGAUAUGGAGGAGCAUUUGGAGUGCAGGGCGACCGUAUGGACAAGUCUGCUGUAGGCCAUGAAUACCAGAGCAAGUUGUCUAAGCAUUGUUCUCAGACAGACGCCUCCAAAGGCUUUGGGGGGACAUUUGGUGUGCAGUCCGAUCGUGUCGACCAGUCUGCUGUUGGGUUUGAGUACACUGGGAAAACAGAAAAACAUGCUUCACAGAAAGACUACUCCACUGGGUUUGGGGGGCGAUACGGCGUUCAGACAGAUCGCGUCGACCAGAGUGCGGUGGGCUUCGAUUACCAAGGCAAAACUGAGAAACAUGAAUCCCAGAAAGAUUACGCCAAAGGCUUUGGCGGCAAGUUUGGUGUGGAGUCUGACAAGGUGGACAAGAGCGCUGUGGGUUUCGAGUACCAGGGCAAAACUGAGCAGCACGAGUCACAGAGAGACUAUGUGAAGGGAUUUGGAGGGAAGUUUGGCGUCCAGACUGACAGACAGGAUAAAUCGGCAGUGGGAUGGGACCAUCAGGAGAAAUUGCAACUGCACGAGUCUCAGAAAGAUUACGCAAAAGGAUUUGGAGGGAAAUACGGCAUUCAGCGUGACCGGAUGGAUAAAAGUGCAGGAACUUUUGAGGACGUGGAGAGGCCGAGCUCAUCUUACCAGAAAACUAAACCUGUGGAAGCUGCUGGCAGCAACACAGGAAGCAUCAAGGCGCGGUUUGAGAACAUCGCCAAGCAGAAAGAGGAGGAGGACAGAAAGAGAGCAGAGGAGGAACGAGCACGUCGGCAGGCUAAAGAGAGGCAGGAGCAGGACGACGCACGCCGCAAAAUCGAACAGACGCCCAAAGCUCCAUCUCCUGUCCCUUCGCCGAGUCCCACCCCCAGCCCGACCCCUCCUGUCUAUCAGAAUCCAAGUGCAGUCGAAGAACCAGUCUAUGAAAGUCCAGACGAGAACAAAGAUCUGUACGAGGUGGAGCCAGAGACCCAGGAGCUGUACAAGGCGCCCGAGGAGACCAAAGCAGGAGGCGGUCAGCAGUAUGAGUACUCUGAGGACCUUGGGGUGACUGCGGUGGCUUUGUAUGAUUACCAAGCAGCUGGUGAGGACGAGAUUUCUUUUGACCCUGAUGACAUCAUCACCAACAUCGAGAUGAUCGAUGAGGGCUGGUGGAGAGGCAUAUGCCGGGGCGUCUACGGCCUCUUUCCCGCCAACUAUGUGGAGGUUCAGCAGUGAUGUCACUGACACAGGAUGAUGCAUCUCCCUGUGCUGAAGAGGAAGGAGAUGUCUGAAGUCUCCUUGCGCUUUCUCUGCCUCAUUUCCAUCCUCAGGUCUCAAACUCACCUUUGGUUUGCUGUGUUUCUCUGAGAGCGCUGACAGGAAGGUGCUGAUCGGCAACUACACAAUGUGUAUUUGCUACUUUUGUUCCUUUUGCAGAUUCUGGUGGCUCUGAGUUUCAGUAUUGAUCCGUUUUUCAGUAGUCAUGGCUUCACACUGUCACGUGACCAUAAAAAUUACCUGCACGCUGUGCGCCAGUGUCGCAACACAUGCAUAGGUGCAACUUGGUGGGUGAGACUAUGGAUGAUUUUAUACAGAUCUAGUUCUGGCUCAGGUCGUCUGCAUGCUGCACCAAUAAUCCAAGAAAGGCCAGAUAUUAUCUUACUGACUUUAAAGGUGUUCAGAAGCAGCGUGCACUUUGUGAGACUUUAUAAAACCAGAUUUUGUUAAAUUCACUCCAACAUUUCACCACCAGUGUUAAUCUGAGUGCCGACCCCGUUCACGAAGCCAUGAUACAGAUCAGAUGAAAAUGGAUUAAAUAUUGUGAAUGAUUGAUGGGACAAAAACAGCUGAGAACCAUUAAGUGUCAAAUGAAGAUAAUAUCUGGUUUUAAACACAUUUGAAGCCUAAAAUUUAACUGAAAAACUGGAACCUGUCAAUUUUCGCUUUUUUCUUGAUAAAUUAUGUAAACAGUCUAAUCAGAACCAUUGCCAAAUAUUUGUCAAUAAAUUAACAGAAAUCAUUAAUCUAAACUGAGCUUCAUGUUUCUGAAUAUUUGCAUCUAUUAUCUGAUUAUGUAUCUGAGACUUGUUAUGGUGUGUUGUGGGGCCAAUGAGAUUCUGUUACUGUCGUUACUUUGUAACCGCGCUGAGAAAAGUUUCUGUUCACAUGUACACAAGGCACGUAUUUAUGUCUGACGGAUGUGCACACGGCAUCCGAUGUUGUGAAGGAACCGGGUUUUAAAAGCAGUCUUUCUGUCCAACAGCUGUAGAAACCAGUCAGACCAUAAGACCGUCUGUUGCUGGUGCCCUCUUGUGGCUCUUUCAUUCAUCUUUAGCUUUUCUAAAGAAUGACCUUUUUCAGAUUUGUUAUUUUAUCUAUUUGCUUGAGUCACAUCAUUACCUGCUUUUUUUUUUCCCAAGAAUUUCAGUAAAUAAAGUAUCAACAAAUACCCA